UUGAUGGCAACGCACCCAUACGCUAUAUCCUCUUAUUAUGCUACAUUUUGCCUCCUGAACUCACCACCACAACACCCAAUCUUACGCACACCUCGUCUUUGAAACAAACCCCGCACACGGAGACCCGACCUUCACCCAUAUCACAAUGUCCUCGCCCCAGACUUUGACACGCGCGGGCGAGGUCGUGGCACAGGAGCUGCCGCGUGAGGGCAUUUCACUCGAUCUCUCCGAAACCUCCUCUCCUCCCCCCUCCAUGUCCAUGUCCAGCAACACCCACACCAGCGCCACAAGCCCACCCUCCACCCCUCCCCGCGGCCGCUCAGCCAGCCGGUACCCAGCGACCCUCGGUCGUGUGCCCCUCCACCGGCGGGGCACGUCCCAGACCUACGAACGCCUCGAGGAUCUCCUCCGCGAGGCAGGCUACAAGGAGACCCGUGUAUUCACCCCCGAGGGCGAGCACGACAAGGACGAGGGCGGCUCAACCCGCUCUCGCGUCGGCAGCGUCCGUGCCGUCGUUGGCUUCCUCGCCGGGCUCGUCAGCAGAAACCCGAGCCUCGCACGUGACACCGACACCGACGACGCCCCCGCCCCGUCAUCCAAUGGCGAGACAACUCUCGGCCGCGGCAACCACUCUGUCACCUCGCUCGACCGCGGCUACUCCCCUCCCCCGUCUCCGCUCGCGCAUACUGCGUACCCACACGCGCGGCACGCCGCCCUCGCGCAGAACGACUCGUCCCGCUCGUCGCUCGCGACAUACACACCCCUGUCGUCAACGGACAGCCCCGGCGCCAGCCCCCGCCGAUCAAGAUGGCCUCUGCACGCGCAAACUGCCCUUCCACCGCACCUCCGGGGGCGACACAGCUCCACGGCCACGCCACCACGGACAGCCCACGCCUAUCUCCGGCACAUGGCCUCCGCAUCCUCGCUGCACCAACAACAGCUCCGCCCCUCCGCCUCCUCCCGCUCCCUUCUCUCCUCUCAGGCCGAAGGCUCCGCGGCAGGAUCAGAAACGCCCGGCCCCAGACGGACGUGGGCCAACGGCCUCCUCCCGAUGGCCAUGACCAUGGGACCAUCCAAGGCGAGCUCGCUCUCGGCACGGUCGUCCCCACGCCGCGCACGAACACCGCUGCUGUGUCUGCGCGUCGAGGCGCACCGCGCGGCCAAGGCCGAAGGCACCGUCUCCCGCACACGCGUCGUAUGCCGCUCCGCGCCCGGCUCGCGCUCGAACUCGCGGGCGGGGUCGGGCCGCCAGGGCGAGCAAAAGCUGAAGCAAAAUAAUCUGAAGAAGCCGACAAUGGCGCUCAGAGCGAAGCCGUCCCACUCGAGCCUGCUCAAUCCGCACGAGGUCCCGUGUCUGACGCGCACGCGCACGGAGAACGACGGGUGGGGCUCUUCUGGCCAUCCGCGUGCUCUUGCCCAUGCGCGCGCUAGUAUCAAUGGACGCGUCUCGGCCGCGAGCACGAUCAUGCAACGCGGGCGCGGCCAGCACCCCGGCUUUGCGUUCCGCGUGUCUGACUCCUCCGCAUCGCGCUCUCGUUCCGUCUCCGCAGACUCGCAUCACCACCGCCAUCACCAUCAGCAUCAGUCCAUUGACUACGACCCUGACGAUCACCACGACUCGGACCACAUCGACCCCGAUGACGAUGACGACGAUCCCGACGAUUCAGACCCAGGCGACGACGACGAGUCAGACGGCGAAGACGGCGAGCUCGACCUCAACAAGCUGCUCGUCCCGCCACGCCGCCAAUACUCCAUCCGCAGCCUGCGGCAGCACCUCCACCCCGGUGCCGGCCGCACCAGCAGAGUCCUCGGCAGCGGCAGGAGCAGCGGCAGCAGAGUCUUCGGCAGCACCAGCACUAGCAGAGUCCUUACAACCGGCACAGGCACCGACCGCGACCGCUCCUCCCUCCUUGCCCCGCCCAGCCCGCACCGCCUGCACCGUCCGCAGCACCAUCAUCAUCAUCAGCAGCAGCAGCAGCAGCAGCAGCAGCGCGACUGGGACUCGGACUGCGACGCCGCCAACCGCACAGCAUCGCGGCGCUGCGUCGACGAGGAGGACGAGGAAGGCGGCGGCGAGCCGAGCCGGCACAACUACGGCUCGAUCGCGUCCUUUGCGCGUCCCGACGAGCGCCGGAAGCGAGGGCUGCCCGGUUCGUGGGCGCAGUGGAAUAACUAAAGUCAAGUCGCGUCGUGCGUCGUCGUCGUCGUCGUCAUCGGUCGGGUAGGAGUGUCUGGUAAUGGUAGUAAGAAGGGCGCUUCAUGUUCACAAUUGUUCUUUUAAAUCAAAGCACACAAUGCAAGGGCUGGGAAGGGCUAUAUCGAUCGGAUUUCUUGUAGAAGGUAGUUAGAAUAAUAUAGCUGUUAUGUAUUUACAACCACGCAUAAUACUUGUCAAUCGG